GGAGGUGAAAAAGGAAGCGCGGGUGGUGAGCGCCCACGCCUCUGACAAGUCUAAGAGUGCCUGGUAUGUGGGAAAUCCCAUGUACACUUCCCCUGAACCUCACCGCCGGGACAGUGUUCCUGAGGAGCGGCAGCGAGCCCUCUGUGAGAAGGAGAACCUCCGCAACGCGCGCCUGGCGAAUGUGGUGCGUCAGAACCCCACCGGCAGGAAGCCGCUAGCCAACCUAUGGCUGCAGAGCAACCCGUGCUACGAGUCUCCCGAGGCCAAGGCUUCCACGGCCGAGGACGACACCUACCUCACGCCCAUCGCGGUGCGGCGCCCCGCCACCCUGGCUGAUGACCCAAACAUCCUGGACGUGCAGAAGUUCCUGGACCACGAGUACUGCACCAUUCCCGGCGACGACUCCGACUCGUGGGUGACUCAUUCCUCGGGGUCCCGGGACAGCGACUCCCCCGCUGCCCGAAGGUCUCUGGCGUUCGGAGCGCCGCGCCGUGACCCCCACCACUCCCUCCAGGAUAUGGCGAGAGACUGGAAAGAACCAGCACUCGACGCCCCGCAAGCCCCAGGGCAGCCUGGAGAAGGGCGCCACGCUGGGGACGCGACAGCACCGAACCCCGCGGGCCGUCAAACGUGGUCGUCGUGGCGUGAGUCAGGAGGAGCCAAGAGGCGCGUCCCCCCCGCCUCUCCCAGCACGUCCUCACCCGCCUCUCCACCCCAUUACCCACGACACCUCCCUGCCUGCCAACACCUUCGAGGACACCAGUGACUUUCACCACCACCGCCCCGCUGACCCUCGCGAGGACACCGCACACUUCCAGCUGCCUCCUGACGGCAUCUACGAGAGUGUGAAUCGUGGCGGCAGGCGGAGGGUCACCAGAUCCUACUCCGACGUGUCCUCCAUCACCACAAGCACCUACCGCCCCACUAGGCGGCCCCUCGGCUUCUUCUCCCUCCCCCAGCAGGGUCCGCGCCCUCCACGUGCUCCUCGGGGCCAAAAAACGGGGCGAGGCGGCUCCCUAUGCGAGGGGAGCCAGAGGGGCAAAGCCAGACGGAGGGUGGGCAGGAAGUACCGUGCGGGGGAGGUACUGCAGGGCAAGGGUCAACUGAAGCUUGCUGUGUACGAAAAUUAUGGACUUCUUACCAUACAUAUUAUGGAGGCACGCAAGUUAAGGUCACGUCUUUCUAGUGUGUGCAACCCCUAUGUAAAGAUCUCGCUGGUGCCGGACUCUCAGGAACGCACCUUCUGCCGCACGCCUUUGCUUCGAGCCACCAACACGCCCCACUUCGACCAGAAAUUCUCCUUCGACUUCUUACCAGAGGACUUGGACAAGAGGCUCCUCGUGUCUGUGUGGAGCAGAGACACGCUGAGGAAGAGGAGUGAAUUCCUGGGCUGCAUGUCCUUCAAUGUGGCGCACAUCUGCACUAAGCGGGUGCACGGCUGGUUCCGACUACUGACGGAGACACUCGGCAGAAGGAAGCACUUUGCCGUCUCAUUCCUCAACGCUUCACAAGACUCCACCGCCUCCUCCAAAGCCAAGAUGGAAGAGGUGAUAGUUCUCAGUGACGACCCUGCGCCUGCCAGAGACACAGCCCCGCCAGCGGUACCAUCUGGCGCCUCGCAGCCUCAGAAGCCCCCCGGCCAGACGCCCUACACCAUCACCGUGCUGCUGACGCGGGGCAAUGAAGGUUUUGGGUUCAGUGUGGCGUGGACCAAACCGCCCCGUGUGGAGAGAGUAGAGGAAGGCUUCCCGGCAGAACGCGCUGGGCUCCGGGCUGGCGACUACAUCAUCUUUGUGAGUCACUACAACGUGGUGAAGAGCAGUGAGGAUGACGUUCUACAGAUGAUAAGAGAGUGCGGGGACGUCCUACCGUUAGAAGUGUAUCGCAGAGGAGUGUCCAAGCAUCCUAGGGGCCUCGUGAACGGUUACGCCCCCUCUGCAGCCCCACUUCCGCCCCCCAUUAACGACAACGAGACUCAUCCUCGCAAGAAACUCAGUCACAUCUCUUUCACUUCAGAGGUAGGCCGCGGACUUAGUGUAUGACGUAAUCGGUAGAGUAUUGCGUCACUUCCCUGAGUCCUGAUUGGCUGGAGGAGUUUAUGGGGGACCUCUGAUUGGAUGAAAUUGCCCGGAUGAUUUUUUUUUUUAUGUGAUUGGCUGGUCGUGAGAUUUAGGCUGAGAUGAAAGUCCAUAUUUCUUGUUUCUCUGUCCAAUCUAAGGUACUUUAAGCAGACUUUUGUGGAAGUGAGUGGGGUUUUCAAGGCUGUUUUCACGAGUCUGAUAAUUAAACAAGGACCAUUUACCAUCCAAGGGGGAGAAGAACACCCACAAGAACCCAGGUACUCGUGUCUAAUCUUUUGUCUUAGUGAGAGAAGAGUGCCGUUGAAGAACACGUGACAAAUUACUGAAAAAGUGAUGUGAUGUUUCGUGUGGUUGUGUGCAAAUGUCCGUUCCGGUGCUUGAACUGACGUGGCAGGUAACAGACGGGUCUUGGGCAGGUAUGAGACAGGUGCGUGGCUGAAGUGUUGGCAGGUGUGUAUUAGUGUGCCAUGAUGGGUGAAUCUGACGAGGGGAAUAUGAAGAUGGCAAAAUGAAAAUGUUACCGAUGUAUAUAUGUGAAUGUUUUGAUGAGAGAGAAAGGAAAUGAACACUCCAAUUACCUCUACCCUCCAUCUUAAUAAUAGACACUUGGAAGUUAUACAGGAGUGAAUGGCAGGUAGAGGAGUGUUGAUCUCAUACCAUUUAUACUCAACGGCGUGAGAACAAGACAUUAAUGGGUGAGAAAAUACGUGUAAUUACAGAGAAAGAAAAUUACUGUGUAAGUUCUCGGCUUUGAAAUGAAGUUUUUUACUCUUAUAAUUUCCAAGGUCAGGAAAUUAUAGCGAGUUAGAGAGAGAGAGAGAGAGAGAGAGAGAGAGAGAGAGACUGUGUGUGUGUGUGUGUGUGUGUGAACUUUAUUACAUACUUCAUCACUGUCAUCAUUAGCACACCUCACGCCCCUCAUAACAAGCACCUGCGCACCUGAGUCCUAAGGUAGUUAGUGUAAUUUAUCGUAACCCUCGUCUUGAGUCACCUGCCCUUUACUAGUUAGCGUUAAUUGUUCCCUUAACGAGCCAGUAAUUAAUCAGUAUUCCUCCUACUCUCAGAAGUAUUCCCGUGUAUUCCUAUGUAGCAGUAUUCGUGGUAGUAUUAAGGGAAAAAAGUAUUAAAAUGUGUUACUUAUUUCAUAACUAGUAUAUUUUGUAUAAGUAUUACUAAUUUGUUUUAUUUUUUGUGUCUUUUUUUUUUGUAUAUAUUGUAUACACCUCAGAUUUAUUAUUAUUAUUAUUAUUUUUUGUUGUAUCUUGUCUUGCUUUUUUCUUUCCAUUGUAUUUCAUUAGUUUGGUGUAAAUGUGCUUUUGUGUAUUUGUGUUUUAUUUGUAUAUGUUGUAAAUACACAGCCAAAGAUGUGUUU